AUGAGUGAUGAGUCGGGCGGAUCUCUGAUAUUCCAUCAACAGCAGCAAACUCUUUCCAUUUCUAUCCGACUGGAUAUCUGCGUCGCGACUGCCUAUAACGUUCCCUAUCACGUUACUCCGAUCCCUGGCUCUAAUGGCCAACUCUGGAUCGUCCCCGACUACAGCUCCACGAACUUCGCGACGAAGCUUGACAGCUGUAAUGACACGGUUGUGAGAAGUGUCCAAUUCCGACGUCUCCGUGCAUCUUCGGAAGGCGGCUCGAUGAAUGAGGUGACGGCUUCUAUGGUUGGUGGUGAAGACUGGGUUUUUGGUCUCACUGGUGCUCCCCCUCAACCCCCGGCCUACCCGACUCGAUCUCCUGCUACUCCAGCACAUGGGACCCACCCUGUGGGGACCUACGAGAGUAGCGAACGUUCAGACUCUGUUAGCACUAUCGAGUUCUACGAGGACCUGCUUCUGAUGAGUUUGACUAUCAAGCUCGGUAGCUGCACUGCUUCUGUUCAGAACAUUCCCUAUCACAUUGGCCGUGUUCGCAAUCAUGAGGGACACUAUAUCGACGACAAGCUCUACGUGGGACCCGACUUCAGCGAAACAGAUUUAACGACACAAGUGGACAACUGUCGUGACUCUAAUAUCAACGGCGAUACAUUCCAACAGCU